AUGGCAGCAAGAAACGUUUUUCAAAUUAAUCCAAUAUCUCGAUUUGACAACAAAAAUGUGACGAUGAAACGCCCCAAAGAAUUUGCGUGCUUUUCGUACGAUGAUCAACAUCAAUAUAUUCCAGAUGACUCGUCCCUAAAAUAUUAUUACCCACCCACAAUUGGAGCGGAUCUUUGUCAAGGCUUUGACAACUUUCAAAAAUUUGAUGAAAGCUCUGAUAGACAUCUAGACAGUAUUCUUAAGGCAAUUAUUGAUUACGAGAAAAAAUCAGAUAGUAGGAUCGAAUCAGAUUUUGUCACUUGGCGGGGAAUGAUGACGAAGCUAGCAGGUGCAGUCUAUAGUAACCGCGACGGAUUCGAAAUGAACGCAACAUUAUUUCAGGUUGAGUCUCGCUUGUAA